AUGACGGCAGCACCCGUCAAACAGCCCACAGGGGACACCACCCAUGAAAGACUAGAGGAGCUAAGCCUGCUGAACCACUAUGGGCUGCAGACUCAAUGGACAGGCCUACAACAGCGGCGACAGCUGGACGACAGCAAGGACCCGUGCAAGCGCCUGCACUGUCGGGCCGGCGUCGUCACUGAGGUGAGGGAGCAGUGCUUCACUCACUGCCAUACGCCACUUCCGGUUGAGGGCCGAUGUUGCCCCGUUUGCCCAGGUUGCAGGUUUCGAGGUGAGGACUACGCGGAGGGCGAGCGCUUCACCUUGUCGCAUGAUGUAUGUUCUGAGUGUGUUUGCCAGAACGGCUCCAUCUCCUGCACAAAGCGCGCAUGCGCAGUGCUGAACUGCCCGGCAUCAGUCAUCUUCCAGCCCAAGGGAGAGUGCUGCCCCAAGUGCCGAGGAAUGAGAAGAAUCUUUGAUGUGCCUUCCCGUUGUUACUUCGCAAAGCAAGUGUACCGGCGUGGUCAGGUGUUCCACCCAGACACCUGUAGCAGCUGCAGGUGUAUGUCAGGUACCUCCCUGUGUACCCGAGUUUCGUGCCCAGUUAUGGACUGUCCACCAGAGGAGCGGACAAAGUCAGAGGACGGGUGCUGCGACACGUGCCCCACCCGACGACUCUGCACGUUCCAGGGCGCACAGCACUCGCACAAGGAGGAAUGGCAGCCGUCACCAUGCCUGAAGUGCGCAUGCGAUAACGGUGUGACGUAUUGUCAGCGCGAGCGCUGCAGCAACUCCCUCUGGUGUCCAAAGGGCUAUCAACUUCGUCUGGAGCGAACGCUUGUUGUCCGAAGUGUGUGGAGCGCGACGCCGUGUGUACAGUGUUCGGCGACCCUCACUACCAAACCUUCGACGGGCGGAUGUACAACUUUCAAGGAGGCUGCAAGUACCUGCUGGUCCACGACUUCAUCAACAACACCUUCACCAUCAAAGUCCGCAACGGCGUUCGCUUCUCCUCGCGCUUCGCGUGGACGCAGAUGCUGGCCGUCGUGGUGGGCGGACUGCGCAUCAGCCUCCUGCAGAACCUGCGGGUCAAGGUCAAUCACCGGCGAGUGACCCUGCCCUACGUCAGUCCCGGCGUCUGUCACAUCCGCCGGAAGGGGAAGUCGGUGCGGCUGCGUGCGCAGGCGGGGUUCGAGGUGGUGUGGGACGGCGACAGCUUCCUGGAGGUGACGGUGGCCGC